AUGGCUCAUCGUAUCAUCAGCCAGCUGGCUUUCACAGGCGCUCGAGUCCUGAGUCGAGCCUUCACUGAGGCCUACAAACAGGCGUCGGCGUCUCAAAAAUACGCUGCAGCUACGAGCCAGACGGGCGCCAAUACACUCUCCUCAUCUGGUCUCACCCUCGACGAAGCAUGCCGAAUCCUUAAUGUUUCGCCGCCAAAGCAAGGCCAGGCCGAUCUUACCAAAGUGCACAACCAAUUCAAGCGAUUAUUCGACACAAAUGAUCCCAAGAAGGGAGGCUCAUUCUACCUACAAAGCAAAGUGUUGCGCGCGCGAGAAAGACUGGAGCUGGAGGCCCAAAGACUGAAAUCGCAAAGUCAGCAAGCACCACCUCCACCGCCCCAGGAGCCACCACAGACGCCUCCCAGUUGA